AUGUUUCAACGUGAUCCUCGAGCUGGCGCGUUCCUUGGAGGCGAUCGCGUCUCCGGGCAAGAUAUUCGCGAUCAAAAUGUAUUGGCUGCUCAGACGAUCGCAAACGUUGUGAAGAGUUCUCUUGGGCCGCUGGGCCUAGACAAAAUGCUGGUUGAUAAUAUUGGAGAGGUCACAAUAUCCAACGAUGGCGCGACUAUUCUUUCAUUGUUAUCCGUAGAGCAUCCUGCCGGCCGUAUAUUCGUGGACCUUGCUCAAAAACAGGACAAAGAAGUUGGGGAUGGAACGACAUCGGUAGUCAUCAUCGCUGCUGAACUCCUGCGACGCGCGAACGAACUCGUCAAGGCAAGGAUCCAUCCCACUACUAUCAUCACGGGAUACCGUCUUGCAUGCCGAGAGGCUGUCAAGUUUAUGCAGGAUCAACUGAGUGUUAAGGUGGACUCGCUGGGAAAAGAGGCGUUGAUUAAUGCUGCGAAGACGAGUAUGUCGAGCAAGAUCAUUGGAAACGAUGAUGAUUUGUUUGCCCCGAUGGCAGUCGAUGCUAUGCUGGCCGUGAAGACGAUUAACAUGAGAGGGGAUAUCAAGUAUCCCGUAAAGGCUGUCAACGUCCUAAAAGCCCAUGGAAAGAGUGCAAGAGAAUCCAUCUUCGUUCAUGGAUAUGCUCUCAACUGCACUGUUGCUAGUCAAGCCAUGAAGAAGCGGAUAACAGGAGCUAAGAUUGCUUGCCUCGAUAUUAACCUACAAAAAGCACGCAUGCAACUUGGUGUUCAAAUCCUCGUUGACGAUCCGAAUCAACUCGAGGAAAUCCGAAAACGCGAGGCGGAAAUAACGCUCGAGCGCAUUCGAAAAAUAUUGGCAGCGGGUGCCAACGUUGUUCUUACAACUAAAGGCAUAGACGAUCUCUGCCUGAAGGAGUUCGUGGAGGCUGGUGCCAUGGCUGUCCGACGGUGCAGAAAGGAGGAUCUACGACGGAUCGCAAAGGCCACCGGUGGAACUCUUAUCUCCAGUCUUGCCAAUCUAGAGGGAGAAGAGACAUAUGAAGCUAGUUAUCUCGGCACAGCGGACGAAGUCGUUCAAGAGCGGAUAUCUGACGAUGAGCUCAUCUUGGUCAAGGGAACGAAAGUGGUUCGCUCUUCGUCGAUAGUCCUCCGAGGAGCAAACGACUACAUGUUAGACGAGAUGGAGCGUGCAUUACAUGAUACUUUAUCUGUCAUCAAGCGCACCCUCGAAAGCGGAUCGGUAGUUCCAGGCGGAGGUGCUGUCGAGUCGGCUCUUAGCAUCUACCUUGAGAACUUUGCCACCACUUUGGGUUCACGGGAGCAACUGGCCAUCGCCGAAUUCGCUAGCGCGCUGUUAUCCAUCCCCAAACAGCUUGCAGUCAACGCUGCCAAAGACUCAACCGAGCUGGUUGCGAAACUUCGUUCCUAUCACAGCGCCGCUCAGAACGCACCCCCCGGGGAUCCGACGAAGCUAUUGCUCAGAUACGGACUUGACUUGAUGAAUGGUGAAGUUCGCGACAAUGUCACCGCCGGUGUUCUGGAGCCUACCAUGAGCAAGGUUCGCAGUCUCAAGUCGGCAUACGAAGCUGCUGUUUCUCUGCUCCGAAUCGACGAUGCGAUCCAAUGCGCGCCUGAACCGAAGAAUGACCCGGACCCCCAUGGUCACUAA